AUAAACAAGUGGGUGUUGCGCGCUAUACUAGUACUACUUUAGUACAUUGUAUUGAAGGAAAGCGAUCAGAAUUAGCUGAUGUUUUGAAGUCAAACACAGAGUAAUUUGUUCUUCAUUCUUAACAAGGACGUUAUAUAGUAGAGUAACAAUGUUACGAGUGAUAUUGAUAUUUGGUGCCCUCUGUGGGUGUAUCCAUGCUCUUGAUAAUGGGUUAGCCCGAACACCACCGAUGGGAUGGCUUGCUUGGGAGCGGUUCAGAUGCAACAUUGACUGCAAAAAUGAUCCCAAAAAUUGCAUCAGUGAGCAGCUUUUCAUGGAAAUGGCCGAUCGUAUGGUAGAAGAUGGAUACCUAGAUGCUGGAUAUGAAUAUAUUAAUAUUGAUGAUUGUUGGAGUUCAAAGCAACGUGAUUCACAAGGUAGACUUCAAGCUGAUCCUGAUAGAUUUCCUUCUGGUAUCAAAGCACUGGCUGACUAUGUUCACAAGAGAGGAUUAAAGCUUGGUAUCUAUGGUGACUAUGGUAACUUGACCUGCGGAGGUUACCCCGGAAGCUUGGGUCAUCUUGAGGUCGACGCAAACACGUUUGCUGAGUGGGGAGUGGAUAUGUUUAAGAUGGACGGAUGCUAUGCUGAUCCUAAAACAAUGAAGAAAGGUUACCCUGAGAUGACCAAAUACCUGAACCAGACUGGUAGACCGAUCCUUUUCUCAUGUAGCUGGCCAGAUUAUGAACGUGCAAGUGGCAUAGAGGUUGACUACAAGCUUGUAGCAGAGAAUUGUAACAUUUGGCGAAACUACGAUGACAUUCAAGAUUCAUGGCAAAGUGUUCUUGGGAUCGUUGAUUACUAUGCUAAGGAACAGGAUACACUAGCCUCGGUACAAGGACCUGGAAGCUUUAAUGAUCCAGAUAUGAUAAUUGUAGGGGAUUUUGGAUUGAGCUAUGAGCAAGCGAAGGCUCAGAUUGCAAUGUGGACCAUCUUUGCUGCUCCUAUGUUGAUGUCAAAUGAUCUUAGAACCAUCAGACCAGAAUUCAGAGAGCUUCUUCUGAAUAAGGAAGUUAUUAACAUCAAUCAGGAUUCAUCAGGACACUUUGGAAAGCGGGUCUUACAGGACGGUAACAUAGAAGCGUGGACUCGGAACGUUACCCUUGGUUCUUAUGCAACCGCCAUCUUGAAUCGAGGCACCAAUGGCGCACCAAUGAAUGUUACUAUCACGGAUCAAUGGAGUUGAUAUAUGGAGAAAGAAUCUGACGAAUUGGGACGAGUACAGUGUUGUGUUCCUCAACCCAAGUCCAGUUAACAAGACAGUCUCCCUUCAACUGGAUCACAUUGGGUUUACCUACGUGCUUGGGUACAUGCUUCGAGAUGUAUUUAACCAUCAUGACAUCGGCCAUCGGGAGAUCUUAGCCCCAUAUGACUACCAAGUACCAGCUAAAGGAGUUCUCCUCACCUAUGCAUAUCCAAGUGAAUGAUGGAACUGAUGGUGAUUGCAGGAAGAUAAAGUCUUGUUUGAUUUUUCAUUUUAAUAAAAAAUAAGGUUUACAACUGAAGACAUUUCGUGCGUUUGAAUUAAGUAGUGGUUCCUAUGAGAAUAUCUUGAUUUAAAAGUGAUCAAGUACUAAGAAUCAAUAUACGGAUAGACACUCGUAUCCGUAUGUUUGACCAUGAAAAUAUCCACUUUUCAUCCCCUUCUUGUAAUACCAUAAGGAAAUCAAAAUCAGGACACCGCCGCGUUUCUUGUUCUGAUGUGUGUUAAAAAAUGUGAAUAUCUUCAUUAUUGAGUUAUUUUCCUAAAACCAUGCUUAAUAUAAUGCUUCAAAAGAUCAUACUGCUUGCAUAAAUAUUACCUUCUAUUUUCAUUUUCAGAAAGCUUAUCAGGAUUCUGAAUAAGCAUAAUGACAAAUCAGCUUUUAAGUUAGUCAAAAGUAAGAGCAUGAAAACUAUAGUCUACUAUGAAUGUUAAAUAUUGGAGUCCGUUUCAUAAAACUUGUUACAAUAACAAAUUUACAAUAACAGUUAUAAGCCACUGAAAUCCUUCGAUCUGAUUGGCUGACACUAAAUUUGUUAUAGAAAUCUUGCAUUUGUUAUAACAACAAGUCUUUAUGAAACGGAGCCCUGCUCUUAUAACGUGCUUUAUCAUACCAUCAUAUUCUAAACAUGCUUUAAGUUGUUUGCAAAUUUGAAUAGGCCGAACUAUUUUUAUGAAACAAGUAGCCAUAUAUCGUUCCCCAGAGACAUCACUGAUAAAAAUUUUGUUUCAAUAGAAUAUUGAAUCCUUUUCAUAUUUCAUACCACUUUCCUUAUUCGAAGUCGUAACAAAUGCUUAUACUCAAUAAUUUAGUAAUAACUUAAGUAUAAUAAAAUAGAUGUUAUAAUUAGCUUGGUAAUUUUGGGUCAAAGGCAUAAUUAGAAUGUUACUUUUGCAAUAUUAUUAUGCAUGUUGUACAGGUGACACCAAGUAUUCAGGCAUUUGUCCGUCAAACGGACGGUCCAUGUUGGCCAACGGUUUUUCUCAACCGCGGUUCUGGAGGGAAUCCGACGAAUAUAACCGUUUCUUUCUCGGAUCUAGGCCUUCCUACCCACAAUGUUCAAGGCUUCGAUGUACUUGAUCUUUUCACAGGGGCAUAUUCCGGAUACCUACCUCCCGAUGCUUCGUACAGUUACAGUGUGCCCCCCUCUGGGGUUGUAAUGGUCAAGAUAGGAACCGCAGAAUAAUUAAGAGCCAAAUCGAAAUCCUGAACGAGUUAUGGUGUUUUUGAGAUUUUCAGUCCUACUGUAUUAUCGGUUAUUUUGCAAACAAAAUAUUUUGGAAACAUGUUUGACCAUAUGAUAUUCAUAAGGUUUGGAUUAUAUAUGUCAUUCAAUCAUAUUUCAUUUGCGUUUUCACAUACAUGUAUGAUUAGUUAAAUGAUAUAAUCAUUUGCAUAUCACAUACUUAGUUCAAAGGUUCAUCUCUGUUCUACACGAAAUAAAAUGUAAUAUAGAAAGAUGUUUAGUAACGGUCAUACAAUUUCUUAAUGAUAUUGGUACUGUUGUAAUAAUAACUACCGUGAAUGGAAUUGAAAUAUAUUAAUUUCUUCUGAAUAAUAGUACUUUGUUAAUCCUUUGACCAUGCUCAUUUCUUGAUUUCUUUAAAAAGUUUUGUAUCAGCCUCAGUCUGACUAUACAAUCAGACUAACAUGUUACUGCUAGUAGAUUAAAAAUAGAUAGAAAAUAGAUGAAAAUUACAUUCAUCCAUUUGAAAUUCCUUGUCACCCCUGCUUUCUAUAUAGUCCUUGAUGAUGGAGGAAUAUUGUUAUUUUAAUGAUAUCAUUAUUGGGCAAUGUUGACAUAUUCAUAUGAAUUUUUAAGAAAAUAUUGGACUCCUAAAAUGUAUGUGAUUGUUGUAUUUUACUUUCUUUUUUCUAAUACUAUUUCGAGAAUCAAUAAUAUAAUUAUGUCAUGUUAAACUUAAUUAGUGUUUUUUUAUUUAAAAGUAUGAGAAAUGACUAUUAAAUCAUUAAUCAAUAUGAAUACGAAUACAACCCAUGGCGGAACUAAAAACGUGAUGUUAAAACAAGUCUCCAUGCAAUAUCAUAAAUAGCAUGUGUAAUUUAUUCAAAUUCUUGUCCAUUUUCUGUUUUGGUCAGUUUAAUGAUGACUGCAUUGAAGGUUAUGUUGAUGAUGGUGGUGAGAAUUGUAUAUAAUCAGGAUGCCGAUGGUGAAUAUCAUGACCACUGAAAUUUUAGUUGAUAGUAAAUUAUGAAUUCCACUUUAAUGUUUUGUACUUUUAUACUAUCGUCAUUCAUACAUUAAAAUGUUUUCAUGAA